UUUUCAUUUUCAUUUUCAUUUCCCCCCUCUUCACUCGUCUCUAUUUUCCCAUCCAUCCCCAAACCCUAACCCUUUGGCCUGAGUUCCCCUGCUACUUUGAUUCGUUUGCGAAUUUUCUAUUCUGUAAAGAAAAAUGCAGCAGCAGAGGUUGAAACAGCAACAACAGGCCUUGAUGCAGCAAGCUCUUCUUCAGCAGCAGCAGCAGCAACAAUCUCUCUAUCAUCCUGGUCUCUUGGCUCCUCCUCAAAUAGAGCCAAUUCCAAGCGGAAAUCUGCCUCCUGGGUUUGAUUCGAGUGCAUGCCGCAGUGUGUAUGUCGGCAAUAUUCAUAUACAAGUUACUGAACAACUUCUUCAAGAGGUGUUCGCAAGUACUGGUGCCCUUGAAGGGUGCAAGCUUAUUAAGAAAGAGAAGUCGUCUUAUGGUUUUGUAGACUACUUCGAUCGGAGAUCAGCUGCGCUUGCUAUUGUAUCUCUUAAUGGGAGGCAUCUGUUUGGGCAACCUAUAAAAGUGAACUGGGCAUAUGCUAGUGGUCAGAGGGAAGAUACUUCAGGUCAUUUCAACAUUUUUGUUGGUGAUCUUAGCCCUGAAGUUACAGAUGCAACGUUGUUUGCAUGUUUCUCUGUUUACCCCAGUUGUUCGGAUGCAAGGGUUAUGUGGGAUCAGAAGACUGGUCGCUCAAGGGGGUUUGGGUUUGUUUCUUUUCGGAACCAACAGGAUGCCCAAAGUGCGAUAAAUGACUUAACAGGGAAGUGGCUUGGAAGUAGACAAAUACGAUGUAACUGGGCGACGAAGGGUGCUGGUGCCAAUGAUGAGAAGCAAAACCCGGAUGCAAAAAGUGUGGUUGAGCUAACUAAUGGAACAUCAGAAGAUGGUCAGGAGGCAACUAAUGACGAUGGGCCAGAGAAUAACCCUCAAUAUACAACUGUUUAUGUGGGUAACCUUUCUCCAGAGGUUACUCAACUUGAUCUCCACCGGCACUUCCAUUCUCUUGGUGCUGGUGUAAUUGAGGAAGUUCGUGUGCAGCGUGAUAAGGGCUUUGGUUUUGUUAGAUACAAUACUCAUGUGGAAGCUGCCUUGGCCAUUCAAAUGGGCAAUGCUCGAAUUCUGUGUGGCAAGCCAGUUAAGUGCUCAUGGGGUAGUAAACCUACUCCCGCAGGGACAGUUUCAACACCUCUUCCCCCACCUUUCCCUCAAGGCAUCUCGGCUGGAGAACUUCUGGCCUAUGAGCGUCAGCUGGCUAUUAGCAAGAUGGGUGGUGCCCAGGCACUAAUGCACCCACAGGCCCAACAUGUUCUCAAACAGGCAGCCAUGGGUAUGGGUGCUGCUGGAGCAAGCCAGGCGAUCUAUGAUGGAGGUUUUCAGAACGUUGCCGCAACUCAGCAGCUCAUGUACUACCAGUAAUAGUGAGAGAGGAGAUGAUACCCAUUUUACCAAUAACCUUGAUAUUUCGUUGUCUGCAUUGAAGGCUUCAGAAGGCUUUCAUAUGGUUUUCCUUAUCACUCUGGUUUGUUGUUAAAUUUUUCCUUGUGUGCUUGCCUUGUAUGGAUAUAGUUUGUAGUUAAAACUAGGGCGUUUAGUGAGAACAGCAGUGAUACUUGAAAGGCUUCUUUUUAUAUUUUAUUAUUAUUAUUAUUAUUAUUAUUAUUAUUAUCAUGAUGGUU